ACAUCCCCAGCAUGGGAAAAAUGACAGGACUCUCGCACAGGAACCACGCAGAGUCAAUCUGACACUAACCCCAUGAAUUGAUCCGCCUCAAUUUCCAGGCGCUUGGAACCGACGCCCACGCCAGCAAUCAACGCCCCACACACUCAACCCCAACCACGACACCCAAUCUCAAAACGCUAAAGGCUCGAACACACAUCUCGUCCGCCGAUGGAGGUCCGGGCCAGCAGCAGAGGCAAACUGUCCACAACAGGGGACCGCCAUGCCCUCGACGGUGCUACAACUACAACUACCGGAGGGCUGCUGCUGCUGCAGGUCACACAGACGCACUCCACCCGCACGACCACCCCCCCUCCGCCCGCCAAGGCAAGCCAAGUCCCAAGUGCCUAGUCUCCUGUUGCCACUACGACUGUACGUCGGCCUGCUCUACUCGGUUCUUCCCGGCUCAUCUAGCCCCCGCGCACCGCUCGCUCGCUCGUCCCAGCCCGACACCUUCGCUUCUCCUCUGCUUCUGAGCGAUCGGGCUUCUCCUCUCGUCGCGCUCGCUCCUCCCUCCCUCCCUCCCUCCCUCCGCUCGACCGUCGCCCGGAGACGGCAUCGGCAUCAGCAGCAGCAGCAGAAGCAGCUCCUUCGCCCUCGGCCCUCCUCAACACCGAGAACCAGACAGAGACGAAGGCCGGGAAUUGCCUGCCACAGAGCGUGUGACAGACCAGAGCGAGCCUGCCUCGGCAUGGAAGCGGAGAAAUUCUCUCCGGGGAGAAGAGAGGCCGCGAUGAGAGAAACUCGCAGUCAGACGAAUGGAGCCUCCAUGCCCCACCCGCAACCCCCCGCCCCCAGCCCCCACCCCCUUCCCCCGCGACCGCGACCGUCCGGCCGCUCCGAGCGCGGGGGUCUUCGUCCCGGCCGCUCCGAGCGCGGGGGUCUUCGUCCCGGCCCGCGGUCCUGGUUCGCGGGCGGACUCCGGCGCAGACCUUCGGAUGAUGGUUCAACGACCUUGAAACCGGCGCGCUGCAACGGCCCGGCCCCGGCCGCGCCUCGUGACUCAUGA